AACAAGCGAUGACUUGCAGAAUUGUCUAAACGUGAGAGGGGAUCUGAGACCUUGUCAGACAAUCAACACCAUUCCUCUGUCGGUGUGCAUAAUGCCAAUAAUGAAGGUAUUGUUGCUAUUAUUGGGCUUCGGAGGGCUCGCUCAUUGCGCUCGGAUCCUCGCAGUGCUACCAAUCUCUAGUAAGAGCCAUAGUAUCAUGCAGUACGCCAUCCUCCGUCUGUUGGCGCAGAGAGGUCAUGAGGUGACAGUGUAUAGUGUCUAUCCUCCCCCAUACAGUGUAGCCAACCUCACACACACUCUGCUGCCAACAUUCUUCUCGGAGAUAGAGAGUUCAUGGACGUUUGAGCAGUUCAAAGAGAUGGUUGAUGUGAAUAAUUGUUAUGGGUUCGGUGUAAAGGCGAUUUGGGACAUUGCAAGUUUGGCAUGUGAAGACGUUUUCAAUGAUGACAAUAUAAAAGCCCUCUUCGAAUCAAAGCAAAGGUUCGAUUUAAUUUUCCUUGAGGUUACAUUAGGUCAAGAAUCUCUGGCGGUUUUUGGUCACAAAUUUAAAGCUCCGAUUGUAAAUUUCCAAGGAUUUACAACUUGGAGUCUCAUUGAUUGGGUCACCGGAAACUCCUUGUCUAUUUCUCAUGUUCCUGAAGUAAUUUCUUUUCCGUUUACAAAUAAAAUGUCAUUUAAGGAAAGGCUACAGAAUUUUGUUUCGACUGUUUUAACGUUUUUGUUUUAUCAUUUUGACCAUCUUCCCAGGCAUCAGAAUAUAAUUAAAAAAUACUUAAAAGAUCCAAACAUACCACAUGUAAGUGACAUGUUGAACAACAUCGCAAUAACUCUGGCAAAUUCUCAGAGAACCUUGGAAUAUCCUAGACCAUACACUCCCAACGUUAUACCAAUAGCAGGAGCACAUAUGUCAUCUCACAUGACUCCUCUACCGCAGAAUAUAAAACACUUUAUGGACAAUGCCAAAGACGGAGUGAUAUUCUUUAGUUUGGGGACACUUGUUCCCGCACACAUUUUGCCCAAAGUAUAUAUCCAGGCAUUUGUCACUGCGUUCAAAAAAUUGCAUCAGAAAGUCUUGUGGAAGAUUGAGCUUGAAAGUAUACCUGGACUUUCUAAAAAUGUAAUGUUGACGAAAUGGGUGCCUCAACCUACAGUACUAGGUCAUCCAAACUGUGUUCUCUUUAUGACUCAUGGAGGACUGUUUAGUCAACACGAGGCUUUCUAUGCAGGAGUUCCAGUGAUUGGUAUACCAUUCUUCAAUGAACAAAGGUACAACAUGAAGUACUAUGAACAACUCGGCGCUGGGAUUACUCUGGAACUGAAUGCGAUUACAGAGGAAAGUGUUCACAAUGCAAUAAAUACAGUGAUACAUGACCAAAGGUACAAGGAGAACGCCAAGAGAGUGUCUAGUAUAGUAAGAGACCAGCCGAUGUCUCCAGCUGACACGGUCGUGUACUGGGUAGAGUACGUGUUGAGACAUGAAGGAACUCCUCAUCUCAAGCCUGCAUCAGUGUAUCUUAGGUGGUACAAACUUUUGUUAACAGAAGGGUUCUUGCUGGUACAAGGAGAACGCCAAGAGAGUGUCCAGUACAAGGAGAACGCCAGAAGAAUGUCCAGUAUAGUGAGAGACCAGCCGAUGUCUCCAGCUGACACAGCCGUGUACUGGGUUGAGUACGUGUUGAGACAUGAAGGAGCUCCUCAUCUCAAGCCUGCAUCAGUGUACAAGGAGAACGCCAGAAGGACGUCCAGUAUAGUGAGAGACCAGCCGAUGUCUCCAGCUGACACAGCCGUGUACUGGGUUGAGUACGUGUUGAGACAUGAAGGAGCUCCUCAUCUCAAGCCUGCAUCAGUGUACAAGGAGAACGCCAAGAGAGUGUCCAGUAUAGUGAGAGACCAGCCGAUGUCUCCAGCUGACACGGCCGUGUACUGGGUAGAGUACGUGUUGAGACAUGGAGGAGCUCCUCAUCUCAAGCCUGCAUCAGUGUAUCUUAGGUGCCAAGUGUGA